AGGGUUAUACUUUAGAUCAGAUGUGUACUAUUAUAUCCGUUGAAAUUCUUAAACUUAGGGUGGGAAAACUUGGAAGUGAUACGAUAAAAAGUUUUUACAAUGGGGUUAAUAUAAAAAGCGAAAACUUAGAGAAAAUAG